AUGAACUGGAUUCUGUUGUUGGUGGCCUGUGCGGCCAGCGCUGUGGCAGCAGGAAGGAUUUCGAUGAGCCCAGAGCGGGUUCAGGGUAUUGAACGCUUGUCCCUGGAGGACCUGCAGCUUCAAAAGUUCAUCCUCGACAUUGUGCAAAACAUUCGCCAGCCGCUGCAGCAGAACGAUCUCAUUCAGCUGGAUCAGGGUCUGAUUGUGGACAGCCAGCGGUAUCGUGGUGGCAUUGAUGCAGAGAUGCAGCGGGUCAUUGACCUGGACCGCCAGCGACGUCUAUUGGAUGAGCACGAGGUGUACACUGUGGGUCGCCUGGAGGAUGUGCAGCAGCUGCGCGGCAUCUACCGCCUGCUUGUUCGCUCCCAGGACUUUGAUACCCUGCGUCGCAAUGUUGUCUAUCUGCGCCGCAACAUUAACCCCGUUCUGCUGGUCAACGCUUUGGUCCUGGCCAUCCGGGAUCGCCAGGAUACCCGCAACCUUGUCGUUCCUGCUGUCCAGGAGCUGCUGCCCGAAUUGUACUUGGAUGGGGAUGUGAUUGAGCAAGUUCGAGGCGUCCAAAGAGAGCAAACCCAGCGGCCUUCGCUCAUGGACAUCAUAGGUCUGCGCCAGCGCCAGCGCAUGAAUCCCAUGAUGAACAUCCUGAUGCCCUGGCGGGAGAUCCACAUGCAGAUGGCUUUGAUGAGGCAGCAGAAUCGCCAAAACAUUCUGGGCAAGAACCGUGUGGUUAUCCGCGCCGAGAAUCAGGGACAAAUUGAGGGCACCUCUCUGCUGACGGACGAUAUUGCUUUGCGCAACUUUGUCCAGAAUCUCAUCCAAGAAAUGGCUCUGCUGGAGCAGGAUUCCCAGGACUCUCAGGAAGAUGAAAUCCGCAAUGUGCUGGAGCGCGACCAAAGGAUCAAUAGGGAGGAGGAGGAUCAGUGGAUCGGCCGUAAUCGCGAAUGGAACAACAGGGAAAGGGAACUGGGACAGGGUGAGGACUCUGGCCGCCUGCUCAGCGUGAACCGCCGCCGUCAGCAGGAGGAUCUGCAGGGACAGAGCCAGGUUAACCAGAGGGAGCGCUUCCAGCAAAUCCUCCGACGGGAUGAUGAUAAUGAUGACGACGACAACGAUGACGAUGAUGACAUCCGCAUGGGUCGCGUGCAGCUGGAGCGUGGAAACAGCCAAGGAGGAAUCCGCAUGGGAGGAGUUCAGGAGCUGCCCACUGUUAACGUAAACAGCGACCGCCUGGUUCAUGUGGGCCGCCGUCGGAUGAACACCAUCCAGGAGGAUCAGCCAUGGGGACGCCAGCGUUACAUGGGCAUGAUGAGGGGAGAUCGCAUCAGUGAAGGACGUCGCGUUGGCCAGCAGGAGGAUGUGCAGGAAGAUGUGCGUCAGAAUGACUGGCAGAUCUGGCGCCAACGCCAGCGCCUGGAUGAUAAUAAGAAGGAGCGCGAGCAGGGACGUCGCAUCGUAGGCCAGCAGGAGCAGGGCAGCUAUGCCGAUCAACUGGAGAGCGUGAGCCGCGACGAUGAGCGCCUGGUGCAUGUAAACCGCCGUCGCCUGAACCAGGACAUAUCGCAGCAGCAGCAGCAGCAGCAGAGGAUCAUUCCCCGCAGAGUUGGCUCCAUUGGUGAGGGUCGCCGUGUGCUAGGAGAACGCCUCAUCCAAGAUGAGGAUAUCCUGAAGCUUAUCCGCGGCGAAAAGCGCCUUCAGCUGAUGACCGACGAGGAGAUCCUGGAGAUGCUGAAGAGGAACCGCCAGCAGCGUCUGGAGAAGAUGCAGAAUGACAACGAUGAUGACGAUGACAAUGACGACGAGGAUGAGGUUCGGGGAACACGAAGCCGCCGCAGUAUCUCUAAUCUACGUCGCGAGAACACCCGUCGCAGCGAAAUCCUCCUGCACAAUCUCCGCCAGCUGGUGGCCCGCCUUAACCAAGAGGCCAUCUCCCAGGGCCAGAUGACCAACCAGCAGCUGCCGUGGCUCAACAAUCCCCGCCAGACGCAGUCCGAGAGAUACGGCCUUCGCUUGAACCAGAUCCGCGUGGACUCCAUGCGCAACAGGGAGAUCCUUCAGCAGAUCGGCGAGAUCGAGCAACGCCUCCAGGAGGUGAUUGGCCAGGUGGUGAACCGGAUAAGCAUCAGCUCUCAGCGCGGAGAAAUGGAAGAGCAGCGCCGACUGGAGUCCCGAAUGGCCGACGUCCUACUGGGUCGCCUUGGCCAAGUGGGCAUUCUGAACAUCGUCCGUCAAGUAGUCCAGGAUAAUAGCCAGCAAAUCGACCGCUCUGGCCUGGGCAUCCGUCUCAGCGAUCCAGUGGUGCAGCACACCCUUCGCCGGAUUGUGAGGAUCGUUGAUCAGCAGCGGGAGCAGAUGCUCGGAGGCUACCGCCAGGAGCAGCUCCAGAUGCGUGGUGUGACCAUCAAUGAUGUGCGCGUGGACAAACUGCGCACACGCAUCGAGGAGCACGACCUGGAUCUCAGCAAUCUGGUGGAGCAGGACCAACAAGUCCAGCAGGUGGUUGUGGGUCGCCAGCGCCGCCUCAACAACAAGCCCUUCACCAUUGACAUGGACAUUACCUCGGACCGCGAUCAGGAUGCCAUUGUCCGUGUGCUCUUGGGACCCGCUGAAGAUCAGCAGGGCAGGCAAGGAGUUUCCCUAGAGCAGCGCCGCCGCGACUUUGUGCUGCUGGACGCCAUCAAUGUGCAGCUGCAAACAGGUCGCAACCGCAUCCAGCAGAGGUCCGUUGACAUUCCCUGGACAACUCGCGAUGUCACUCCUUUGGGUGAGAUUUACCGCCGGGUGAUGCUGCAGCUGGGCAACAAGGGACAGCAGGAGCUGGUGCAGGAUUUGGUAGGCGAGAACGGAGGCUUCCCCCAGCAUUUGUUACUUCCACGCGGUCGUCCCGAGGGUCUGCCUAUGCAAGUCCUGGUGAUUGUCUCGCCUGUGCUGGAGCAGCAGGAGCAGGAGAUCGAGCCGGAGAUUGACAUGGGCAUUGGCCGUGCCUCUCUGCGAGAUGUGCGUCCUUUGGGUUAUCCCCUCGACCGACCCAUUGACAACGAACAGGAGCUGCUGCAGCUGCCGAAUAUACAGAUGCAGGAUGUGGUCAUCGUCCAGGAGAACUGA